AGUUGGCGAAUAAUUCUUCUCGGGAGGAUCGCCGAUCGGUGUGUAAUAAUUGGUUUUUGGGUUGGUGAUGGCCUUGAGUCAGCUUUGCAAACAUUUGGUUUCUUCUGUUAGCAGAACUAUUCGUCCAACCAUAAUUUCAACAAAUAGGUCGUUCUACCUAUUUGGGCGUUGUAAUAAUGCAACCUUGGUGACGCCACACACAUUUCGUCGCACGGCGUUUACCCAUGGCGCCAUAGCAGCGGCUUCCGAAAGCGACCCUUCUACUGCUCCAAUCUCGAGAAAUAGAAAGGCUACUAGUAUGGAAACACAAUCAUUUGUUGUUAGCGUUGCGGGUUCCGACCGAGUGGGCAUCGUACACGACUUUAGUUGGGCACUAAAAAAUAUUUCAGCCAAUGUGGAAUCCAGUCGAAUGGCUUGUCUUGGAGGAGACUUUGCUAUGAUUGUAUUGGUUAGUUUGAAUGCGAAGGACGGGAAGUUGAUACAAUCUGCGCUAGAGUCAGCGUUACCAGGUUUUCAAAUUAGUACUCGACGUGCUUCUUCCGUGGCGGAGCGACAUGUUUCUCCUGAUACGAGAGAGUAUGAAUUAUAUGUUGAGGGUCCUGAUUCUGAAGGAAUUGUGGAAGCAGUAACAGCAGUACUUGCCAAAAAGGGAGCGAAUAUCGUUGAGUUAGAAACAGAAACACUUCCUGCACCGUUUGCUGGUUUCACGCUAUUUCGUAUGGGUUCCAGAGUAGCUUUUCCUUUUCCACUUUAUCAAGAAGUGGUCACAGCACUUAGUAGAGUAGAAGAAGAGUUUGGAGUAGAUAUCGACUUGGAGGAAGUUGUGGAAGGAGAAGAUAGUGAGGAAGAUGAUGAUAGUCCGAAUUCCCCAGUGGGAAGGCAUUGAUAACCUUACUUUGUGUCAUACUGAGUAUUUUAUGUGAUAAGAGUUACUGGGUGAUGUAUCCAAC